UUGGUCUGAAAAUCACAUGACAUGGAGCUCCAAGAAUCCAUAAUUAUGUUGCUGAUAUUUUUGGCCCCCAAAAUAUGUCAGCUUCCAACUGUUCUUAUUCUCCUCCAGAAAACCUUUACUACAGCAACAGAAACUGAAAAAAAAAACAACAAUACAAAUAAUGUCAUGCCAGGAUAACAUGGCUGCCGGUCAUUUCCUUAUGGAUUCUUUGAUGGGAGGAUCAUCUUCCUAUAGAGGCGAAGGCUACUCCAACAGCAACCCUGGAAUGUACAUCCACCCGGCUGCAUCUGAGUAUGGAUGCUCAAUGAUGAGACAUUUUGGAGUAGUUGGAUCGUCCCUCUCCAAAAAAGACGAGGUUCCUCUGAGCAGCCACCCUCUCGGCUCCUACCAAGAUGCGCCUUACCUGUCAUCCCAACUGGGCACAUGGACCUCGGCUUCCAAAACGAACAGGGACGAGCAACCUGUUGCCCAAUCCAGUUUACAACCAUGUUCGUUUCCAACCGAUAACGUCAAAGAGGAGGCGUUCUGUUGUCUGUAUCAGGGUGACAGUAGCAGCAGGGCUAAUAAGGAGACUACAGAGUCGGCUACUUACAUCCGGCUUGGGAACAAUAGUAGCAGCCAGACCGACCAAACCGCUGCCUCGGCGGCGUCCGAAUGUUAUGGAGGAGAGAAACAGGUAUACCCCAGAGUGAGCAGGGGACAGCGAGAAGAGCAGGUCGGGACAGGCUUUGCUUCUUUGGACCAGGUGACGACAUCUGUUGAAUCACCCAGAGAAUCAACGGUUAAAAUGAGCAAAUCUACCCAGGAGAGAGUCAGCGAGGAAAUGCGCAACGAAGAGGCAAAACAGGGAAACAGCAUGAAAGAGGAAAGUGCAAAGACUGACAGUUGUUCUGAUAACUCCGACAGCGAAUUGAAAGAUGAUUUUACACUGGAAAAUGCUCCAGGAAACUGGUUAAAAGCCAAAAGUGGACGGAAGAAGAGAUGCCCGUACACAAAGCAUCAGACGCUCGAGCUGGAAAAGGAAUUCUUGUAUAACAUGUACCUGUCUCGCGAGCGCCGCCUGGAGAUCAGUAAGAGUAUCGAUCUGACCGAUAGACAGGUCAAGAUCUGGUUCCAGAACCGAAGGAUGAAACUCAAGAAACUCAAUAAGGAAUGUCGUGGCCGGGAUCAUAUGGCAGUCCACAACUUCACUUAAAAUUAUAUUAUCUAUAAAACCAUUCCAUAUACACCCAAACACACACACACACACACACACACACACACACACACACACACACACACACACACACACACACACACACACACACACACACACACACACACACACACACACACACACAUACACACACACACGGAGUGUGCCUUCAUACAAGGACAAUACUUCAACGAUGCCCAAGAGUACAUUACUUUAUCAAGGAGGGACUUGGUUUCGGGUCAGCAGUUGAGUUUGCCUUUCAACACAUGCACAUUGAAUAGAGGUGCCGUUGCCCUGCCAUAUAGAGCAACAUAUAACUGCUGGAACUGCUGGAAUGAAAACAGACUUUGUUUGUUUUGGAAUGUUCCCUCAUUCCGUUGCUUCAUCUUGUUGUCUUUAGUUUAGUUGUUUUUGCUAUGUAGGCUAUGAUAGGCUAUUCGCACUGUUUGCAUGCACAUUGUUGCUUGCGUCAUAUAAGACCCAUUGACGAUUCCUAAAGGAAAACCUGUCCGAUAGAAUAAAGGAGGGGAUUUGAAAUGAAAUAUAUAACAUAUAGCUUGUCCUUCCCCUUAUUAUCAUGUUAGCACUCUGAGAAAGGAAAAGACAGAGGGAAAGAGAGAUAGAGAGAGGCUGCAGAUGAGAGUGAGAAGAUCAUGGCCGUUUUAAUAGAAGAGAUUGGUUUAAAUAUUAUCCAGGUGACCACAGUAAGUCAAGGUCAUAAAAUUAUUAUGUCAGGACCGUCUCGUGGUAGAAGCAUGAGCUCGGGGUGGAUUUUAUGAUCUGCAAAUCUAAUGUGCUAGCUGGCUGCUGCAGUAAAGAUGCAUCGUUUAAACGCGUGUGGAGGAUAGGGCUAGGCUAGUCUACACAGUGGAGAGUGUCUGCUAUGUACUGGAUUCACUAACGCGCUCGACGGGCUCCCUCUGCUAUGUAGCCUGCCGCCUACUUAUUUGACAAUACAAGGACUGUUAUCUCGUCAAGAAACGAAAGGGAUCGAUGAAAAACAACAAUAACAGAAACAUCAAGGACAGCGUGAAUAAAUAAGGACCACCACGACAGAGUGUCUCCGGGGAAAUUCAAGGUAGGACACAAAUAGAUUUGGGGACGUUUGCUACGCCCGGUGUAGCGGUGUAGAGGUCUAUUCGUCAGCAUCACCCCCAUACCUUUCCGAUGGGCCAGCGAGCAUGCGUCACCGUCACUAUAGACAACCGGGAGAACGCAGACGCGGACAACGAAAUGAGGACCGAUACAGAAUGAAGGGGAGAUGUACAGUAUCGGUGAAGAAACUCGUGCUUAUUGCAAUGCUGCCUGAAGAAUCGGAGCGGGUUCCUCCAGCGCGAUUAAGUUCCUUUCGGACGGUUUGCAACUCCAGCGCGCGACUAUUGGAGGACGGCCCCACGUGACUUCACGGUUUACCCCUCUGGUAAUAUUAUUCAAUACAGUCAUAAAGCUUAUUCAAAGUCUUCUGCAUAAAGCUUUUACAUUUACGUUCGUUGUAAAGCUAUAUGUUUAACAUGCAAAAGUGCAUAUCUUCCCAACAUUCAGGGCGUACCCAUAGUUCUAUUUAUCAGAGUGAAUUUGAUGAAGUGCACCCUGCUAGGUCUAUGGACCAGCACCAGUCCCUUCUCCCAUGUCAUCUACAGGACGAACACAACACUGCAACCGAACCUGCUGGAUACGGCACCGGACACAGUGAAGGAGGCCACGCGCCACAAUUCCGAGAGAUUCCACUCUUCCAGCGUUCAUUCACCUCUUCUGCUUGUAUCAGCUGUACGCCGUACCCGACUGACCCGUUAUGGGGCACCCCGGACCCGGUGGAUACCCGCCAUGCCAAGGGCAAAGCAGGCGUCAGAGGCAAGAGGUGCAGUGC